GCUGCUUCCGGCGUCAGUGGUCCGGAUAAUUAUGGCGACCCUCAGGGCGUUUGCGUCGUUGUGGGGCCUCCGGAGAGGUUCUCCGGGCGCGGGCCGGUUCUGUUCCCGCGCCCGAGCUCGGCCCCAGCCCAUCGCUCUGCUCCAGCCUCUGCCCGGGGCCUGCGGGGCGGGAACGCCAUGCCGUGGGCUCGGCUCCGAGGCCGAAUCUGGUAGCUCAGAGACCAAGAAACCUACAUUUAUGGAUGAGGAAGUCCAAAGCAUACUCAUCAAGAUGACAGGCUUGGAUUUGCAGAAGAUUUUUAAGCCAGCCAUACAAGAACUGAAGCCACCAACUUAUAAGCUGAUGACCCAAGCACAGCUGGAAGAGGCUACAAGAAAGGCAGUUGAGGCAGCUAAAGUCCUAUUAAAAAUGCCACCAGUUCUGGAAGAGCGAGCCCCGAUAAAUGAUGUGUUAGCUGAAGAUAAGAUUUUGGAAGGAACAGAAACAGCCAAAUAUGUGUUUACUGAUAUAUCAUACAGCACACCACACCGGGAGCGUUUUAUUGUUGUCAGAGAACCAAGUGGCACACUACGCAAAGCCUCUUGGGAGGAACGGGACCGGAUGAUUCAAAUUUAUUUCCCAAAAGAAGGUCGUAGAGUUUUAACUCCAGUAAUUUUCAAGGACGAAAAUCUUCAGACCAUGUACAGCCAGGACCGGCAUGCUGAUGUCCUCGAUCUCUGCGUUGCCCAGUUUGAGCCAGAUUCUGCUGAAUAUAUCAAAUUUCAUCAUCAGACCUAUGAAGAUAUAGAUAAAUAUGGAAAGUAUGACCUUCUACGUUCAACAAGACACUUCGGUGGAAUGGCUUGGUAUUUUGUAAAUAAGAAGAAGAUUGAUGGUUUACUGAUUGACCAGAUUCAGAGAGAUUUAGUUGAUGAUGCCGCCAGCUUGGUCCAGCUCUAUCACCUCCUCCAUCCAGAUGGCCAGUCAGCUCAAGAGGCCAAAGAGCAGGCUGCCAAGGGACUGCAUUUAAUUAAGGUGUCUGGAAGCAGGGAGGGAGCGCCUGUGCAACGCCAGGGCUUAGCUGCAUCAUCACUGUGGGUGGCGUACCUCUCAAUGCUGUGAGCUUUCACAGAUGUCUCUGUGUAUGUUGAGAGAUGAGAUGAUUUUUUUCAGGUCUUUGCAAAAACAGAAGCACAGAAGGGAGCAUAUAUAGAAUUAACACUGCAAGCUUAUCAAGGAGCAUUCAUUAGCCAUUCUGCAGCUUCCUAAAAAUAUUUUAAAAAUAAAUUUCAUUUUACUAAAU